UGUCAAUAGUAAAACAUGUCGUCGACGGCUUGGGACGAAAUCAAGCGGCUGGCUGCUGAUUUUCAGCGAGUUCAGCUCACUUCUUCACAUCAGAAAUUAUCUGAGCGCAAUUGCAUUGAAAUCAUCAGCAAGCUAGAGAAACUUGGCCUUCUCAAAGUCUACCACACAAAUGAUGGGAAAGAGUACAUUACCCCAGAACAUCUUACUAAAGAGAUUGAAGAUGAGCUGUUUGUAUGUGGAGGUCGGGUGAACCUCACAGAUCUGGUCAAUUCACUUGGCGUUGAUCUGUCCAUAAUUGAAAAACGAGCUGCUGUCUUAGCCAACAGGCAGUCAUCAAAGACGUACCUCGUGCUAGGUAACCUUGUAUCAAAACAGUACCUUGAUACCAUCGCAGAGGAAAUCAAUGAGAGACUGAUGCAAGCUGGCUGCUUGAAUCUAGUGAACCUUGUAAAGAAGUAUGACCUGCCGGAAAAUUUCUUGUUGGAGGCUAUAGUAGAACGACUUGGAAGUAUUAUUCAAGGUCAGCAAGACACAGAGGACCAUAAUUUGUUCUUCAACGAUGCCUUCAUGGUUCGCCACCAAGCUCAUGUACGUGGUGUGCUGUCUGCCAUUACCAGGCCAACAAAGGUUUCUAACAUCAUUAAUCAGCAUGGCCUCCAAGAGAGACUAUUCUUCAAUGUUGCAGAAAAAUUGAUAGCCACAGGACGAGUGCUUGGGAUCUUGACGGGCAACCGGCAGCUUCACAUGUCCAUGUAUAUACCCCACAUUUAUUCUCGCACCCAAAAGGAAUGGGUAGAUAAUUUCUGGAAGCAAAAUGGGUAUCUUGAGUUGGAUGGGCUUCGACGUAUAGGCAUUGAGAAUCCUGAGGCCUUUGUUCGACGGCACUUGAAGGAUGUGGAAAUGACCUUCGUGGGAAAUGUAUGUGUUGGGCCAGUGCUCAUUGACCAGAUAGAAGGUGCUAUCAGUGAUGCUGUUAUAUCUGGAAAAUGGGUAGAUGUUUAUCCCAUCCUUCCAUCUAUGUUCUCACCUGAGGAGGGCAACCAACUAGUGGAAAUUGCCCUCAAGAAGCGUCAAGACACCAAGUCAAAAACAUCUUCAAGAGUUCUGUGUGAUACCAUUGUUGUAAGUGAACAAAUGGUAACGAAACUCGCCAAUGAACUACAGCAGCUGAUGCCAGCAAGGGCAAAGGAGGCUAUUGAACAAGGAGUGUUUAAAGUACAGAUUAACACAGGAAAGACAAAGGAUGAAAGUGGCAAAAAUAAAAAAGAUGAACGCAGAAAGAAAGCAACAGGUGGAAAGUCUGGGGGAGGCACACAAGGCCGAGAGACAAAGACAAAGGCAGUAAAAAACAAGCACAAAGGCAGGAAAGGUGCAUCCAGGGACUCAGACUCUGAGGAUGACACGCCUCCUCCACAGUCAUCUGGCAGUGGAAAAUUCCCCCAUGUAGAAUUCCUUUCACUUGAGGACUUGCAGACGGAAAUAUCCAACUUCCCAGAAUUGGUUGAUUGUCCAGAAGAGUUAGUGGAGGCUCUGGCAUCAGAACUCAAUCCAGGACUGACUCGCCAGUUCCAGGAUGUGGCACAAACAGCAUUCUUGGCAACAGUCUCUGCAGGAAGUGAUGCUCGCAAGAAAACGCACCAACAGCUUGUGGAGAAAGUGUCUGCUUUACUUACAACUAUACGUCUGGCAGAAAAGAGUCUAAAGGUCUUUGAUGAAGAUAAACAGAUACAGUUGAAAAAACAUCUGUUGAAAACUCAGUGUUCUGAAAUCAUCAAUGAGUUGCUUAUCUACUUAGCAGAUGAAAGCCAUCUGGACAUUUCAAAAGAUAAGGAUAUCACACCAGAGAUUAGGCAGAGUGUCAUCAAAAACUUGCCAGAUGACACGAAGGAGGUGAUGAUGACAGCCCACAAGACACUAGCAGCUUCAGACAUUGAUGAGUUCAUGGAUGCAGCUGAUGAAGCCAUUGCUUCCGCUGGUCUUAUGCUCAAGAAGAAGGACAACAAAAAGGAUCGGCAAGUGUUACAAAACCACCGGUGUGCUCUGUUGGACCAGCUGGAUGGGUCGCUUGAUGCACCUCUGACGCUGCACUUGGCAUGUCUGUUGCUUUUCCAAUCUGUCACAGGGAAUAUGCUACAUGCCUCAGGGAAAUUUGUGCCUCAUAUCUUAUCAUAUGUAAAGAGUAGCCUACCAGCAGAUCAGUAUGCUAUCCUGCAGGAUUACCAAGAUUUGGUGAUAAAGUCGCUGGUCGCCAAAGAUGAUGAGAACACCUUGGGAGAUAUCAAGCUUCAGUUGGAGAGCCUGACACCCAAAGUCAAGGAGAUUGCUGUAACAUUUAAGAAAUCAAAUACUCAUAAUGAUGAAUAAAGGGUUUGGGAAUUUAAGGAAAAUACUUUCGAGUCUUAUAUCAAAUAGAAUGGGCUCAGAAAUCAUUCGUUUCCAGAUGCAAUAUUUCAGAAUCCAUUGAAAAUAUUUUAGAAUGAAGUGAAAUUUGGUAAAUUGUAUUGUUAAGCCUUGUUUUGUUAAUCAGUGUUGAAUAUGUUCAGCAUUUUUUUCAACAAUGGUUGCAGAAAUGUAAAUAUUUUUUACAUAUGGUUUGGUUCUGUAGUGGUGCUUUGAAUAAAAAGAGAAUAUAUAUAUGUUUUGCAGCAUUUUGAGUACACAUGUUAAUGACUAGUUGUACAGUUCAUACAUCAUAAAACACUAUUUAUUUGACAAAGCAAAGCAGUAAAUAUAAAAUAAAUCAUACCAUGUAAUUUUGUUCAUAGUUUAUCUUUUUCAUCGUUGAUUGUCAAUGCAUUGUUGAGAAGACUGAAAUAUAUUUCAUGGCAGUAUA